AUGAUAUAUGAGACAAAUGUCUCAGACCAGUUCGUGGCUAUUCCGGGAAUCUUCAAAAGCUUGCGCCAGGGAUUCAAGCGCCAAAAGAACGUCAGUCGGGAAAUCCAGGAUGGCGUGACGGUUUUGGAAGACCAGGAGCCGCAACACCCAACUGUGGUAGCUCCACAGCAGACGGAGAGCACUACUGUACCUCUGAACGGCGCAAAGACAUGUCCUAAUAAGGCAAAAGGCGUUAAUAAACGCCCCAGGGAAGGUACAAGCCCAGAUGCGAGUCCGCGACGGGCAACUCAAGGCGGGAAGAGAAUUAAGCGAAAGGAGGCUCCACAGCUUGGUUCUGAGUCGCUGGUUGGAGCAAGAGAGGCGCCCUUAAACAGUCCUGGCAAGUCGUAUGCUGAGACCGUCUUGAGGGACGGAGCGGACAAUGGAGACGGUUUCAAGGUUGUUAAAAACAAGGAGAAACGGACUCCAAAAGAGAAACCCUCAGGUGAGAAAAAGGAGCUUCCGAAGCCCCCUUUGAAGCUAAGGAGCACGGAAGCUGUUAAAAUUACGGCAAGCGACCCAAAGUUUUAUGAGGGUAUCUUGCCGCUAAUAAAACCAAAGGUAAACCCAGAAGAUACGGAUGCACUGUCUUCGGCCCUGCAUGGUAAAGCUGAGGUCACACCUCUAGUGAAUAAAAGGUCUCUAGAGAUUAAGGAUUUGGACGAAGCCACCUCAGAGGAUGAGGUAAAUGCAGCACUAAGAGAAAAGCUGGGUAAACCUGACCUGAAGAUGGACUGCAAUGAACAUCGAGAUGAAUGCGUGAAGCUGCGGGCGGAAGAGGCAGCAAGCAUUCUAGAAAUGGAAGAAGAGGUCAGCAAGAUGCUGAAGUCCUGCGAAGUCAAGAAGAAUGUCAAUAGGACAAUUAAGGAUGGACAUAGAAGCAUAACAUCGCUCAUACGGGAUGUGAAGGAGAAGCACGCAGCAGCGUCCAGAAAAGAUGAGAAGUUCUACCAGGGGUUAGCCUGGUCAGAGGAUGCACGAAAGGACCGAAGAAUGAGACGUGACCGUUUUAAUGCAGUAAUGCUUAAAAACGUUGUCCUGGAGUCUCAGAAGCGGAAGAGAAGUGAUCCUGAGAGUACGAAGGACCCAAAAAAGAAGAAGGAGGAGGGACCUUCUAGAAGGUCUAAAGGUAACGAGACCAAACCGGCACCAAAGCCAAAUCCAGUUAAGAAGGGAAGAGCCACAGUAGUCGUCAAAGUGGCUGAAGGAGCUACCUUCGCCGAGGUGCUGGCGAAGGUUCGAAAAGAGGCUGACCUGGAGGCCAGUCAGACAAGGGUUGUGGGAGCUUUACCCACUAAAAAAGGAGACCUGCUCAUUAAAAUUGGGGGGUCUUCAAACAAGAAGUUGUUCACCGAAGAGGUGACAAAGGUGAUCGGCGAUCUGGGUAAGGUGCAGAUGGCGGACCGGCGAACUACGUUGGAAAUCCGCGAUAUGGAUGCCCUUACAGAAAAAGAUGACGUACUGUGUGCCCUGGAGAAAAUUUCUACGGUGCCAGCAGGAAGUAGGAGGGUGACGGUUCUGGGACCAAACAAGCGAGGAGUAAAGCUCGCUGUCGUGGUCACCAAUCAGGAAGACGCUGAUAAGCUGGAGAAAAUUGGGCACAUAAAGAUUGGGUUCGUCUCCUGCAAGAUAAGAAGCAGAACUAUGGUCACAAGGUGUCAUAAUUGCCUUGACUAUGGCCAUCUAGGUAGAGAUUGCCAAGGUGUAGAUAGGUCAGCUGCGUGCUUCAAGUGCGGAGAAGCUGGCCAUAAGGCAGCAGAUUGUAAGAAGAGCCCAUGCUGCUUCUUAUGCCAGGCAAAGUUCGGAGAGAAGGAGUAUAUCCAGCAUGUCGCCGGAUCAGGAGGUUGCAAGGUCUUCAGAACUGCCCUCGAGGAAGCAAAGAAGACUUUGUCAAGGACAAGGAGGAAAUAA